AUGGAUGCAGCUAUUGAGCAAUAUGCUCCUAGUGAAACUCUAAAUGAUACUGAAACAGUAUCAUUAUCAUUACCUUAUGCUGUUCAUGCAUCUUGUCUUCAUAUGCAAGUUCGUUCUGGUUCGAAAACAAAAAAUUUAGUUCAAUUUGCUAUGCGAAAAUUAUUUCCAACUGAUCAGAAUGCAAUAAAUGUUGAACAAAUAACAUGGAAUGCAUUUGGCGAUGGCAUAUCAAAAGCUAUUGCUUGUGCUGAAUUAACUAAACGACGUUCCCAACUAAAUUUCUAUGAAUACAUUCAAAUUGGUUAUAAACGUAUUGAACAAAUUUGGCGACCAGUUAAUUCAAAUGUUGAAUUAGAUACAUUAAAAGUCAAUAAAGAUAUUCCAUCUAUUUGUAUUCUACUUUCAAAAAAUCCUUUAUUUAAAUUAACUGAAGGAGAUAAUUAA